AUGGCCACCACCUUGGUGUAUGUCACUUAUGUGGUGGCAUCAGUGGUGGUUGUUUUGUUCGGCGCUGCAGCAUGCUUUUUGACAUUCGUCAGGCACAGGAAGCACGGUCCUGAUACCCCUGAGUUCUUCCUGACUGCACGGAAUUCUGUGGGCACAUUCCGAAUAGCCUGGAGCUUCUAUGCAGCUGCCAUGGGCUCUUGGACACUCUUCAGCCCAGCCUCAUAUGCCAACAUCGCUGGAUGGUUCGGACUGAUGUUCUAUGCGCUUGCCUCUGGGCUGCCCAUCUUAAUACAGGGCUUCCUGGGACCAAUUGUGCAGCGGCGCAAGCCUGACCUGCUCUCCUUCACUGAUUUCAUCAAUCAUCGGUACGGGCGAGUGGUUCAGAUAUGGGUGGCACUGCUCAUGCUACUGAACAUGGGCAUUGCUAUGACUGCGGAAUACACGGCUGUUGGCGAUCUGUUUGAGCUGGUGAUUGGCACUGAGCGCGUGCCCAUCGUGGUCAUCAUUGGCGUGGUGUCCAUGAUAUACACAGCCUAUGGCGGCCUCUACAUCUCCAUCAUCACAGAUCAGUGGCAGGCGGCUCUGGGACUCACUCUGGCAGCGAUCCUGGUUAUCUGGACAGCUGUGACCUUCAGAGGGCCCCUGCCGCGCCCACUGCCAGACAACCUGGCCAUCAACAAUGAGGGGCUGUCCUCCAUUGCCGUCAUGCCAAUCUCGCUGUUCUCUGCCUCUGUAUUCAGUGAGGCAAUCUGGCAGCGCUGCUGGGCGUCAGCAUCCGAUGCGAAGCUGCGCGUUGGCGCGAUUUGGGGAGCAUUGCAGGUCACAGUGGUGGUGUUCAUUUUUGGCUUUGGCGGCUUCCUGGCAGUCUGGUCAGGCCUGUGGCAGCCCUCUGGCCCUGAUGACCCCGGCAACACCAUCCUCUUUGCCCUGCUCAACGCCAAGGGCCAGCAGGUGUGGAUCACUGUCAUAGUGGCAGUACUGGCAGCGACCAUGAGUGAGUCAGCCAUCGACAGCCUGCAGAAUGCUAUCGUGGACAAUAUCUCUGGCUCCUUCCUGAAAGGGCUGCCCCUGAUCUGGAUUCGGGUCCUGGUGAUUAUUCUUAGCGUCCCUGUCAUCAUUGUCAGCCUGCAGGGUUAUGGCAUCAUCAAUCUGUUCCUGCUGGCGAAUCUGAUCACAACUACUUCCACACUGCCUGUCCUGCUGGGCCUGCUGGAGGGUGAGCGAACACAGCGCAUCAUCACCCCUCUGUCAGCGCUCUUCGGCUGCUGGUUCUCUUUUGCCAGCCUCAUUCUGUGGGCCUACUUCAACGCUCCAGGCUGGGAUCUCUCCUUCAAUGCGUCAAUGCACAAGGUGUUCUUUGAGGCGUAUGACUGGCGCUCAUUCCUGCUGGCAAUGGGCUGCUCGCUGCUGGGAAUGGCGAUCAUGGCAGUUGUGGAGAACGUGGCCCUGCGGCCACUGCUGAAAGGGGUCUGCCCGGGGUACUUCAAGCGGCAGCACUCGCCUGCCACUCUGCCUCACCAGAAACUGGAAGAAAAUGGCGGCAAGACACCGCCUGACACAUCGGUGAUGAAGGCUAGCAAGGCUUUCUUGCUCGUGGGCCUGUUCGUCCUUGUGGCCAGCAUGUCCCUCUCCCAGGCUGCCGAGGAAAGCCUAGCCUGGGCCCCUGCCGAGAAGGGAACCUAUGAACCUGGCUACGGCUACGCCCCAGCACCGUUGGAGACAAAGCGCUAUGAGGCCUACGAGAACGAGCUCUCGCCCACAAAGAGGAGGUCCGUUGUAGUGACAGGCGUAUCCACUGGCAUAGGCUACGAGAUAGCAAAAGCUUUGGUAGUGGCAGGAUUUCACGUAUUUGGCAGCGUGCGCAAACAGCGGGACGCUGCCAGUGUGGCUCUUGACUUUGGGUCUGCCUUCACCCCCCUGGUUUUCGAUGUCACGGACGAAGAGGGCAUCGCAAAAGCAGCCUCCAAGGUGCGUCAAGCAUUGGAGGGGAGGACUCUGGCUGGCCUGGUGAACAAUGCUGGCAUUGCAAACCACGCCUGCCUGGCGCACCAGCCAAUCGAGGAGUUCAGGAGGGUCAUCCAAGUGAACCUGGUCGGCACCCUUGCAGUCACACAGGCGUUCCUGCCUCAGCUGGGUGCAGACAAGAGUCUGCAGGGCCCUCCCGGCCGCAUAAUCAACAUAUCAUCAAUCUCAGGGAAGUACAGUGCUCCAUUUGUGGGAGCUUACUGCGCGUCCAAGCACGCCCUGGAAGGCAUGUCCGACAGCCUGCGGCGGGAGCUCAUGCUGUUUGGCAUCGACGUCAUAGUCAUAGGGCCGGGCUAUGUGUCCACACCUAUUUGGGACAGGGACGAGAUAACAAGCACAGUGGCGCAGUACAAGGACACAGAGUUUGCUGCCUCCCUGGAAGCCUUUGACAAGCGCAUCAUCCAGGCUGUGCAGAAGGGCCACCCCCCAGCAGCCAUAGCCAGUGUUGUGGAGAUGGCUUUGACGGCCUGGUGGCCAAAGACUCGCUAUGCCAUUGUGUCACAGUGGUUCUCAAACUGGUUCCUGCCCAUGUGGCUGCCGGCCAGAUGGAUGGACAGUCUCAUGGCAGACUCAUUCCUCAUCAGGCCAGAAUCAUCGGUCAUAUCAAACUAG